CGGUUCGCAGUGGGGCCGCCUGCCUCCAGUUCGUCCGCAAAACUCGAUCCGUUGAGAUCAUUUCGAAAUCAUCGCAGCCAAGAUGAAAUCCUGGUACCUGGCACUCAGCCUGCUGCUCCUCGCCGCCUCCACAUUUCAGCCCUCCGACGCCCGAGGCGGAAGGGGGCGUGGCGGCGGCUCAUUUGGCGGCCUCUUCGGCGGCUGGCGCAAGUACAAGAAGCCCUCGUCGUCGGGCAAUGGGCGGCGGGUGCUGAGCGGGUCGCCAGUUCACACGGCCAUGACGAUGCCAAAACCGCCUCCGCCGGCGCCACCAAAGAUGCCCAUGAUGCCGCCCAAGCAGCAGAUCCCCAGCUAUCCGCGCCAGCAGAUGCCACCUGGCUAUGGCUUCGGAUCGUAUCCGGGCCAAGGCAGUGGCACGUACUACUCCAAUGCUCAAUCCUUGCCAGCGGGAGCGGUGUACUACGCCCAACCGCCCGUCGGAAUGCAUCGAGGAAUGGGAACGGGAGAUUUCCUCACCGGAAUGCUGGCGGGUCACAUGAUGAACAACGUUCUGUUUGGCCACCGACACCAUACGUACCAUAGAAAUCCGGUGGAGAGCCAGUCGUCGCCCCAGGGAACUGGUCGACAGAUCAUCAUCGUCAACAAUGGUCAGCAGGAGGGAGUUUUGCACAAUGAAACGACUAUUUCGGGAGAAGCCUCCGCCGUAGUUCCUCCCGAAAAUCCGCUCCCGGAGGAGGAGGAUGUGGAGGGGCAGGGCGAGGGGGAGGGUGACAGCGCACCUGGUUCCAGUGAGGAAUCCACGGAAUUGGAGGCGACUCCGCAACCCUUUCCAGAUGGUGGCAUCAUUUGCUUUCCCGUCAUGCUAAACGAAACGGAUCCCGACAACUCCGAGGUGGUGCGAGAAGUGGAACGGGUCGCCUGCUUUCCAGCACCGCCCCACAAUCCGGAAAAUUUUCAACCCACCAUAACCACUGAGCCACCCAUCGUUGCCGGCGAUAUUGUUGUUAGAGCAGAUGAUGGUUCGGAAGGCGGUGGAGCUGAUGACGUCAGCCACGCAGGUGGUACUCCCAUCGACGUGGCCAACUUGGUAGCUGCAAGCGAUGUGGAAGUCGAAACGGAUUCUAUUUAACUACUUUUAGGAUAAAAUCUAAGUGAAAUAAAGCUAACUAAACAUUUAACUUGUUUGGUAGCUGGUUGUAUAAUGCUGCGAUGAUAUAUAAUGCGAUGCUUAAGAGCGGAAAAAAUUAACAGAAAUUUGUAAAGAAAUACAUUAAAUGGCUAAAUUGAUUUUGUAAAAUUUAAGCAGUUUUUAAAGGACUUGUUUGUCGUGAGCACACAAGCAGUUGACGCAAGUCCGUAGACACCAAAAUAGAACGCACGUCAGAAAGUCCUUUGUGCUUCAUCGGAAUGUUGACAUUUGUCAAAGGUCCUGUCCCGCUAUAAAAGCACACUGGGAAAAAUAACUGAACUUUUGUAAGA